ACACACUGUAUUCCCUUACGGGGCCGAAAUCCGAAGCUAACAAUAGCUUUGUUUCACAGAUUUAUGAAGUAGAUCGUCGUUCGUCGUGUGUCCCCCGCUCAAUGCGGCCCCGUCACGGAUGGUCGCGCUUUGCGAGAGCGAAGGUUGGGGCCUUUCGAAGGUCCAGCAGCAUCCUGGCAAGAUGACGUCAGCUGAAAUGGAGGACGACGGGGUGGUGGAGGUUUUAUCUGAUGACUCAAGCCAGGAUCAGAUGUCAGAUGGGGAACGUCUGCCUGUCGGCUUGAAAGUCGAGGUGCGGCAGCUGGAGGAGGGUUUGCGCGGGUCAUGGCACCCGGCGGUGGUGGUGGGCGCGGAGGACGGCUGGCGCGUCGUGCGCUACCAGGAGCUCAUCACGGACGACCUCACCGAGCCGCUCGUCGAAGCCGUUCCGCUCGCCGCCUUUUUUUCCCCGGGAUUUCCGCGUCAGCCUCCGCCACCCGAGUCCCCGUGGAAGGCGCUGAUCGAAUCCGCGCUGGCGAAGUUCGCGAAGCUGGUUUCGGCGGGCGGGCUGAACGGCUGCGCGGUGAAGCCGGUGCUGCGCCCGCGGCCGCCGCAGGAGCACGUGCCGUCGUACCGCAAGUGGCGCGCGGGCGCGCCGGUGGAGAUGCUGUGCAACGACGCGUGGUGGGAGGGCUUCCUCCUCGAGGACGUCGUGCGCGUCGGCAAGCGCGCCGAGGUGCCCGUCGAGUUCCCCGACGAGGCCACGUCCGAGUCGGUGGCGAUCGGUUUGCUUCGGUUCGGGCAGGAGUGGGACGAGCGCACGGGCGAGUGGCGCCCGCGCAAGGUGGAGGGGUUUGUUGCGCGGAACGCGGGUGAAAACGGCAGCGCGGGGUGUGAGACAGGCAUCGCGAGACUUAGCUUGAGAGCGGGCGGGGAGGAUGGCGGGGAGGGAGACGGAGCAGAGAGCAGCGAGCGCACGGGCGAGCAGGCAGCGCUGAAGGAUGGCGGCCUCGCAGCAGCGCCCGGUGCAGCCGCACUCGGCACUCCCAAGGCUGCCGUUGGCGGCCUGGGUGUCGUUACCAGGCCGGGCUUGGGGUCCUAUAACGGGGGGAAGAAGAUCAGGCGUAGAGAUGCAGGACUAGGGUUAGGGUUAGGGUUAGGGUUAGGGUUAGGGUUAGGGUUAGCUCAGGGUCCGGGCGCAGGCACAGGGUUAGGGUUGUUGCAGACUCCAGGAGCAGGGUCGCAGCACGUGAGAGAGGUGAACGAGGUCACCUCGCACGACACCGCGUCCACCUCGGAGUGGGCGGCGCCCAGGACGAAGAGCGUCGCGGAGCAGAAGCGCGUGAGCAUGGGCGGAGGGGGAGGGUCAGGGGGAAAGAAGGCGGCGGUUGAGGGCAGCGCGGGGAGGAGGAGAGAGGGGGCGGUGGUGAUAGGGGGCGGGGCGAAGGGGCAGGGCACGAGAGGCAGGGCGCGGCAGCUGAGAGUGAGAGAGGCUCCUGAUUCGGCGGACGACGCAGCAGCGGAGCUGAACGGGGGGGGUUUCGGCGCGGAAGGGGCGGAGCACGCAGGCAGCGGGGACGCGCCAUCCGGGCGCAGGGCGCAGGCGCACAAGAAGCACUCGCGGGCGAAGGUGUACCCGCCUGGGAGGGACCUGGCGCGGCUGAUGGACCUGGGGCUCGUGAGGGACGGCGAGGCCGUGGAGUACCGCGACAUGCGCGAGCGCAGGGCGCUCAAGCGAGGGCGGCUGUCACGGCAGGGCGUCACGUGUGACUGCUGCGGGCGCAUGUUCAACCUCUCGGGGUUCGAGGCGCACACAGGGGUCACCUACCGCCGCCCUGCUGCUAAUAUGUUUCUGGAGGAUGGGCGCACGCUGGCGGCGUGCAAGCUGGAGGCGGAGAAGAGCUUGUAUGGGGGGGGCGCAGGGGAGCGGAGUGACUACAGUGACGUGCUGUGCCGGCUGUGUGGGGAUGGCGGCGAGCUGCUGUGCUGCGAUGCCUGCCCCGCCACGCUACACCUGCCCUGCGCCGGCCUGCAGGCCCUCCCAGUGGGCAACUGGUUCUGCCCGGCGUGCCGCUGCUCCAUCUGCGGCGGCAGCCACUACCGCAGCCAGGGCUUUGGCGAUGAUACUGUCAUCUUCUGCGACCAGUGCGAGCGCGAGUACCAUGUGAGCUGUCUGCGGGACAGGGGCUGGGCGGACCUCAAGGAGCUGCCCACGGGCCGCUUCUUCUGCCGCCCGCAAUGCCGCACCGUGUUCUUCGGCCUGCAGCGCCUCAUAGGCAAGCCCAUCGCGCUGCCGGGCGGCUUCAGCUGGACGCUGCUGCACGCGGAGGGGCCGCGCAGCGAAGCUGGGGGCGUGACAAAGGAGGCGCGGCGGCACGAUAGCCUGCUGCGGGAGCGCACAGGCGAGGUGGAGCGCAAGCUAAGAUGCAGCAUGGAGGUGAUGCGCGAGUGCUUCCACCCCAUCAAGGACGCCUUCACCAACGAGGACCUCGUGCCCAUCAUCGUGCACAGCAAGAGCACGAAGCACCGGGACUAUUCGGGGUUCUACACGGCAGUGCUGCAGCAGGGCAAGGAGUCCAUCACAGCCGCCAGCAUCAGGGUGUACGGCGCUGAGCUGGCGGAGAUGCCGCUCAUUGGCACGCGCUUCCGCUACCGCCGCCAGGGCAUGUGCCGCCGCCUGCUGCAGCAGCUGGAGCAGCUCCUCUCAUCGCUGGGUGUGCGCCGAUUCCUGCUGCCAGCUGUCCCCGAGGCCGACGCCACGUGGCGCCGGGGCUUUGGGUUUGCGGACAUGUCAGCGGAGGGGCGGCGGCAGCUGCUGCAGCUGGACGUGCUCGUCUUCCCCGGCACUGCCGUCCUCGAAAAGCCCCUCCCACCCGCGCCACCCGCUGCCGCCCCUGCGGCUGGGCAGUGGAAGUGGGGGGCGGGGGUGGGUGGUGAUGGCGGGAGGGAGAGGGGGGCGAUAAUGGCGGUUGGAGCAGGAAGGGACGGGGGAGGGGCUGGUGCUGGAGCACAUGUGGGCGUCCAAGGGGGUGAACGGACACAGGCGAGUGAAGAAGCUCAAAGUCAAGCUCAAACUGCAAGCCCACUCACACCCCUCCCAACCCCUCUCAAUCCACCCGUCCUCGCUCUCCCCCCAACUGCCGCCAAGCCCUGUUCUCCCCUCUCCCGCUGCCCCUCCCUCCCUUCACUCUACCCCUCUUGCUCUCCCCCCUCCUGGCGUUUCACCUGGGAAGAGCCCUGGGAGGGCAGUGAGGAUGCGGUGGGGGGGGGGACGGGGGCGAUCCGCGUGAUCAAGUACAAGAACUGGCCGGCCAGCGUGCUGCGGCAGCGGCACAAGCAGCGCCUGCUGCACCUGGAGGCCGCAGGACAGGCCGCGGGCAGGCCGGGAGGGGGGGUGGAAUUUGUGCGCGUGGCGGUGGGGUAUGUGGGGCUGCCCUGGCGCGUGCUGCAGUGGGGCGGGGAGGAGGGGGAGGGUGAGCAGGAAGACACCGCUCAUGCUGCUGCUGCUGGCACUGGUGGUCAUAGUGCUGGUGCUGGUGCCAGUGCUGCUGACUCGGCUGCUGCUGCUGGUGGUGACGCGCUGGUGUGGGGCACGGAGAGGGCGUACGUGGACGCCCCCCCCUGGUGCAAGGACAGAUGCGCGUUCCUGGACGAGCAGUACUGCGCCGACCUUGCUGCUGCCGCACUCGCUGCCAAUGCCGCUGCUCAUGCCGCUGCACAGGCUGCCGCUGCAGCGGCUCUUGCUGCUGCUGGUGACGGGGGGGGCCGGGCUGACGCUACUCCCUCCCGCGCUACCCGCCGCUCCAGUCAAGCGCGCAGCUCUCAGGCGCGCACCAGCCAAGCGCGCACUCUGCCUGUGAGCAACCUGUAUAAGCAGUUUGCGUCAGCCACAAGUCCUGAUGCCAAGUCAUGGGCGCUAGUGCCUCUUGCAGCGGAGCCUCCCAGCCCCAGCUGUCUCUUCCCCCCCCCCGCUGCAGUAUUCCCUGCUGGGCUGCGUGGUGAGGCCUCAGCGCCUCUGUCUCUGUGCCAGGUGCCAGCACCCCCAGGAGCAGAGACGGCGGGCAUGGCAGGAGGGGGCGUGGAUGGGAAGGGGGGUGAUGGGGUCGCUGGCGAUGUAGGGGAGGAGGCAGGCGCAUUGGAGGAGGCAGAGGCGAAGGACGAAGCAGCAGAUAGGGCAGAGGGUGAGGUGAAGGCAGAGCAGACAGCUGAAGGUGAGGCAGAGGGAAUUGCAGAGAGGGAGGCAGAGGGAAGUGCAGAGAGGGAGGCAGAGGGGAAGGUUGAGGGGAAAGCAGAGAAGAGGGCAUCAGACGGGGGUGCGAAGGAGAGGACGGCAAGCGGGACGGGUGAAAGUGCGUUGGUUGCGGUACGAGGUGGUAGGAAACGGUGGAGCGAGCAGCAGGGGCAGCGGAAGGCAGCGCGGCAGUCGCCUAGACUGGCAGGGUUGGAGGCAGAGAAGCAGCAGAGGGCGAGCAGGGUGCACAGUGGGAGCAACGCCAACAAGGCAAUAAGCGCGAGCAAUGCAAUGAGCGCUAGCCAGGCAAACCAGGAUUUCGAGGCGGUGGUGGUGAACCGCGUGGUGAGCCACGAGUGGAGCCGGGGGGGGCGGCGAGAGGCCAUGCUGGUGAUCGCGCUUGAGGCCCCUGAGCGCGUGGAGGGGCCUCUGGACGCCGUGUACUGGGCCAAGGAGGAGCACCGCGCCCGGGGGGCAGAGGGCGAGGAGGGGGAGGCGGGGGAGGCGGGAGAGGAGGGAGCAGCUGGUGGAGACGGUGGUAGGGAUGGGGAGGAAGAGGGAGGCAUGGUGGGGGCAGAUGGAGCGGCUGCUAAUGUGCGGGGGCCUGCUGCAGGGGCAGCAGACGAAGGGGCAGGGGAGGCGGGGACAGCAGGUGAGGCAGCGGCAAGGGAAGGCAGUGCAGCAGAAUCGGCAGAGGGAGUUGGGGGAGAGGCGGCAGCAGAGCCAGAGCGCACAGCAGCAGGUAGGGCACCAGUAGCAGGGGCGGCAGGAGCAGGGGCGGGCAGGCCAUCAGUGGCAGGGGGUCCGGCGGUGGAAGCGGGGCGAGCAGCAGGCGUGCGAGUGAGGGCAGAGGCGCUGCAGCGGGUGGUGCGCACGUUUGGCAUUGAGGAGAUGUGGCGCGUGGUGCCUGUGGAGGUGGUGCAGGGGGUGGAGGGGGUGCAGGGGGUGCAAGAGACGGACGAGAUGCAGGGGGCGGAAGGGACGGCGGGGGAAGAGGAGAUGGAGCACCUGCUGCUGCUGCCAGGGGAGCCCGGCCAGGAAGAGAGGGAGCUGAGUACGGUUCAGAGUGGUGCCGGCGCUGUGUUUGGAUCUGUGCCUGACACACCUCCCCCUCAGCUUUCCCUGCCACCCAUUGGACGACCCUCUGUAGCGUUCCAGUUGCCCCCUAGUGCCACACACGUAGCGCCCGAUACAGUGCAGCUAUCGCGGGAUCGCAUGGACCUACCACCUCAUGCACUGCACUUGGCUGCCGGUGCCGCUCAGUUAACACCUAACACCACGGCCUUUCCACCACUAUACUCUCAGAUGACACCUGCCUCUCAGGUGACACCUGGCUCUCGGAUGACACCUGCCUCUCAGAUGACACCUGCCUCUCAGAUGACACCCGCCUCUCAGAUGACACUUGCCUCUCAGAUGACACAUGCCUCUCAGAUGACACCCGCCUCUCAGAUGACACCCGCCUCUCAGAUAACACCUGCCUCACAUACACCAGUUGGAACCACGGAGCUGACUCCUCCUGUCUCUAAGCUGAUCCCCGCUGCCUCCCUGCUAGGAAAUUACACCCCUGCGCUACCGCCUCAGGCAGAGGUUGCAGCUGACGCAGCACAGGUAGCAGAGGCGGCAGAAGCGUCAGAGGCAGAAGAAGCAGCAGCAGCAGAGGAAGCAGUCGAAGCAUCAGAGGCAGCAGAAGCAGCAGCAGAAGCGGCAGUAGCAGCAGUAGCAGCAGUAGCAGCAGUAGCAGCAGUAGCAGCAGUAGCAGCAGAAGAAGCAGUGGCAGCAGAAGCAGCAGUAACAGCAGUAGCAGCAGAAGCAGAUGAAACAGUUAAAGCAGCGGAAGCAGAGAAAACAGCAGGAGCAGAAGCAGCAGCAGCACAUGCUCACAGUGCAGCCGAUGCAGCUGCUUUAGCAGCAGCAGCAGCACCACCAACCGCACCUGACCGCACUAACGACUCUAACCAUGCCUCGUGUGCAAAUGCUCAACAACCCUUGCUGCUGCCACUCCCUGCUGCCUUCCCCCCCACACACUCCUCCCCUCCUUUGCACCCCCCGCCCGCACAUCCACCCUCUGCCAGCCAACUCAUCGCUGUGCUUCCUGCCCCACUGCCCCCCUCCCAACCCCCUUCCCCUCCCCACUCCCGUUUCUCACUCCCCCCCCAACCCCUGUCCCUUGUAUCUAUAGACCAAUCCAUUCCCCCUCACGUGGUUCUCACUCUCCCUCCACCAUCUCCCCCCAGCCUCCCCCUGCCGGUUGCCCCCAGCUUCCCCUGGCUGCUGCUCCCCGGAUCCUCCAUCCCCCCAAACCUUGCUUGGCGCCUGACCUCCCGCCCCCUGCGCCUCGUGCGGACUGCAAGCGUUGGCAUGAUGUGCCGGGGGGAGGGGGUGGGGGGGAAGAGGCGGAGAUCGCUGGCUGUGCUGACAGACACAGGGGGGGAGGGGGGGCUGGCGGAGGGUAGGGGGAAGAGGAAGAGACGAAGCAGGGAGAGGGGGAAUGGGUGGGUGGAGGGUGGGGCGGACAGGAGCAUGAAUGGUGUGGCAGUUGCUGGCGGUGCUGCUGCUGCUGGUGGUGGUGCUGUUGCCACUGCUGGGGAUGAUGCUGCUGCUGGUGCCAGUGGCGGUGUGGUGACGGGGGGCAGCACGCGGUCGCGGCGAGUGGUGAAGUCGCCCUCAUGGCUGCUGCAGGGGGUGAGGGACGCGGGGGAGCACGGAGCGGGGGGCGAAGGGUGGGUGUACGGGGUGGAGAAGGAGUGGCAGCCCACCGGCACUGUGUGCCGCAGGAGACGGUCCGAGUCAACUCGGCGGGCGCGGGCUGUGGGUGAGAGGCCCAAUGGGGCGAGGGUGGGCGGGGAAGGCAGGGGCGGCGAGCAGCAGAUGGGUGCAGAGAGCAAGCACGAGUUUCAGCAGCCACACGCACAGGAGGAGCACCAUGGGCAGCCGGGCCUGCUGCCGCUGACUGCUGUCACUGCUGCUGGUGCUGCAGUGUGCCGUAGCGGUGCAAGCAGUGCUGGGUUCACAUCUACACGUGUGCGCAAGAGAAGGAGAGGCAGCACCUCUGCUCGUGCCUCUGCUUUGGCUGCAGCGGCUGCUGCUGACGGUGUUUCUGCUGCCGCAGCUGCAUUGCCCCCCCCACACGACGUGCUCUCGCUGCGCGAGCGCGUGUGCCGGCAGGGGUGGCGGGCAGCAGGGGGGGCAGCGCGCCUCAUAGCCUAUCGGGGCAGAGACCCCGCAGCUGGGGAUGAGGAGUCUCAGGAGGGGGCGUGUGGUGGUGAAGGUGAAGGGGGGGAGGUAGCACGGGCAGACGGAGGUGGGGAGAUGGCAGAGGCAGGGGGAGGGGCAGCACCCCCUUGGUCAGCUGGCAGAGUGCUGCGACUACGCACUGUGGGGCCCGCGCUGGCAGUUACAGAUGGCCCUGUAACAGGGGCAGCAGCAGGGGCAGGGGGAGGGGCAGAAGCAGAAGCAGCAGGGGGAGUGGUGUCAGGUGGUAUGCAGCUGUCACCAUCAGCUCCUCCUGCAGCAGCAACAGCAGCAGAAGCACACGCCGCAGCAGAAGAAGCAUACGCAGCAGCAGAAGAAGCAGAGACACCAGCAGAUGCAGCAGUCCCUGUAGAAGCAGCGGCAGCAGCAGCACGACCACCGGCUACUACACCUGGCGCAGCAGUAGAAGGCCAUCCUCUGGCGGCAGCAGAAGAGGGGGCGGCGCCUGCUGUGCCUUUAGAGGGGGCAGCCAAUGUCCCUAUAGGGGGGCCAGCCAGCGUUCCUAUAGGGGGGCAAGCCAGAGUGCGUAUAUGGCAGAGGGAGUACAAGUGGCGCAGGCUGGGGCGGCGGAGAGGGGAGAGGGGGUGCAGUGAUAGCGGGGGGGACGGCAGCACGGCACUUGGCAGCGACAUGGGGUGUGCUGAGGAGGUGAGCGGUGGCGCUCACAUGGGAGGCGUGGGUGAGGUGGAAGGGUUGAGGGUAGGGUCCGAGGGUGCAGUGAAUGGUCCUGCUUGUGGCGCUCAGUCUUUUGGCGUUGAUGGGGGUGUUGCCGUGGCGAGCAGCAGUGGGGUACAGUUGAUUCGGUCUGCAUCGCACAGCUGCAGCAGCAGCCAUGGCGUGUCAGCGCCCUCGGGCCAUCCACAGGCGGGUGAUAAGAGCAGGCUCAGGCACACUGAGGCCUCGUCAAGAGAGCGCUCGUUAUUGUCACAAGUGAAGGACGAAAUCAUGGAAGCAAGUUUGAUGGAGGGGGGCAAGGGCGUUGUGAAGGGUGUUGUUGGAAGGGCAAUAGAGGCUGUGAAAGCAGCAGCCUUGAGAGAGGCAGCACCCGAUCUUCCAGGCCCCCCAGCAGUGCCAACAUUGGAAGGCAGCGCGUGGCACCAUGCGCCACGGCAGCUUCUGCUGCCUGUUAGCGAGCCGUGGCAGGAGCAGGUGGAACAGCAGCGGACAGGAAAGGAGGAGCAGCAGGAAAUCCAGGAGCACGGGAAACACCAAGAACUGCAGAAAGAGCAACAGCAGGAGAGCCAGCAGAAAGCACAGCAGCAGGGGCAGGGGCAGCAGCAGCAGGGCGGGCAGCAGCAGGCGACAUUCGUUUUGACAGCGAAGGCGGCCCACCGGUCGACGUUCAAGCUGGAGCGGCAGAGCCUGCUCUCCCUCUCCCCGCUCGUGGGCCGCCGCAGCUCGGCCGGCAGCGAGGGGCCGCUGGGCAGUGCGGAGGUGGGGGGCAGGCGGCGCAGCAGCCGACUGCGCGAGGUGGUGGGGGGGAGCGAGGAGAGUGGGGAGGGGAGGGGGAGAGGGGCGGAGGGUGGUUAUGCAACAGCGGGAGCGAAGCCCGCAGAAGCUGGGGAGAUGAAGCAGAGAGGGCGAGAGGGGGUGCCGGUGUCCCCUGGUGCUCCUAGAGGUGGCUCGACUGCUGCUGCUGGGCGGUUGGGGAGCAAAGGGCAGGGGGGCAGGAGGGAGGGAAGCAGCGGGGAGCAGGUGGGGUGGGGGUCGGGCAGUGCGUCCGGGCAGAGGGCUCGAGUGCUGUUCCUGAAUGGGGUGGGGGCAGGGGAAAGGAGAGGGUGUGUGAGUGGCGAGGGGCGUGGCGAGUCAGAGUCAGACGUGGUGGAGGUGCAGGGGGAGGAGCGCGGCGCUGCGGCAUCUUCUGCUGGACGCACGGAGGUGUCCCAAGAAGCUGCAAGCGCUGCUGCAGCGCCGGCAUGUGCGGCUGUGCUGGCAGCGCACACGCCCCUCCCUCGCGCCACGCUGCUCUGGUCCCCCUGCCCUCUGCUGCUGGCUCCCCCUGCCGCCCUGCCCUCGCCUUGGCGCUUGGAAACGGAUGGAGGGGGUGAGGGCGAGGCGGGCAAGAAGGGGGAGGGAGAGGCGGGCAAGAAGGGGGAGGGAGAGGCGGGCAAGAAGGGGGAGGUAAAGGAGAAGGUGGAGGGGAAGGAGGAGGUGGAGGAGGAAUUGGUGAAGAGGAAAGAGGAGGUGGAGGAGGUAGAAGAAGGCAAGGGCCGUGAUGUGCGCUCAGGCAUGAUGCGCCUGGAAGGAGCAGCAGGUUCAGGUGCACAGGAGGGCCAACAGAAAUGUCCAUCUCCGCCUCCAGUAUCCCCCUCACGUGCUGCCACUGCUCUUGCUGCCACUGCUCGUGCUGCCGCUGCGCUUGCUGCUCAGAUCAUCCCCUCUGCCGCAUCUCGUGUUGGGGACUCCAACCCUUCCGGACCUGCUGCCUCUGCACCUCCAGAGGUACCAGCAGCAGCAGCAGCAGCAGCAGCAGCCGCAGCAGGCACGGCAGUGUGGACAGAGAGCGGGAGCACAGAAGCCGCAGCAUUGAAAGCAGUGUGUGAAGAGCCUGAGCCGGCAGUGAAGCCACCCAUUGCCAUCGACCUCCUCACAUCCUCCUGCAAGUCCCCCUGGCCCGCGCUUGUGCCCUCCACCACAUCACCGCCACUCGCAAGGGAGGUAACAAUGUUACCAACUCCCAAUACCGGUAGCACCGUUAUGCCAUCGUUGUCCACAGCCCCAUUGUCCUUCCCUUUCCCAGGCCCCUCUCCUACACUGAUGUACCAGAGGAGGCGACAGGCCCCUCCCCGCGAGCUGCCCUUGCAGCUGUUUGGCGACUUCGUGGCCAAGCAGCGUGACACCGCAGUUUCUCCUGACAUGCGGCUGACUAGAGCUGCUGCGUCCCGAUUGCAUUUGACCAAUCAGGAUGAGAACGAGAGGACAUAUAGAUGAUGAUGCGCACUGCACACUGCACUCUGAUAUCCUUCAUUGUCCAGGGCAGGCACCUGCACCGUUCUGAAUCGUUGUCAGCAGCACUGAACCCCAUAUACGCACAUGCUGUUUUUUUUUUUUUUUCCCCGAAAGGGCAGGGAAAGUUUCUCGGUUUUACAGCCUCAGAUUUCAGGCCAGUUUCCCUGAUUCAGGGUUUUUUCAGUGUUCGCUUGUGUUGGGCUGAUAAAAAGCCCUUAGGAUCUUUCAGAGACUAAGUCCCAGUUGUAAAAGGAGACUUGAGUAGUGCAGCGGAAGUUGAGUAGUUGA